AUGUCCGCUCUCUCUUCAUAUUUUCAUUUAUAUUGCAUUCACAACGUUUCUUUGUAUGUCACUUUAUUUUUUUUCUUUACAACCUUUUCUUUCUUUCUUUCUUUCUUUCUUUUUUGUAUUUUUCUCCCUAUAUUUUCUUUUUUGUCAUUUCUUCCCGUUUCUUUGUAUAUUUCUUUCUUUUGUUUUAGGCCAUUUUUAAUCUUUCUUUUUCUUUCUUUCUUUUUUUGCUAUUUUUCACUUCCGAUUUGCUUUUUCCUUCUUGAUUCUUUUACAUAUACUUCUUUGGCUCUUACAUAUUUUUAUUCUUUCUUUCUUUCUUUUUUGUAUUUCUCUCCCUAUAUUUUCUAUUGUGCUUUUCUUCUUUUUCCUUUGGAUAUUACCUUAUUUUGUUUGCGUGUUGUUUUUAUCAUUUUUUAUUCAUAUUAUCUUUUUUUUACCCUGAUUCUUUGUAUAUUCACUGAUUUCUUGUAUUUCUGGGUUUUUAUUUUCCUUUCUAUAUUUUCUUUUCUUCUGGUUUCCGUGUAUAAUUUUCUUUUGUUUUUGUCCAUUUUUAAUCUGUCUUUUUUUUCCUUUCUUUCUCUUUUGCUAUUUUUCUUCCUAUUUGAUUUCUUCUUCCUCCUUCGUUGUAUACUUCCUUCUUUUGUCCUAGCAUGUUUUUCUUCUUUUCCUUUUUUUCUUUCUUUCUUUCUGCAUUUCUCUGCUCAAAUUUUUUUUCUUUGCUUUUCUUCACGGUUCUUUGUAUAUUUCUUUAUUUUGCUUUUUCCCAUUUUUAUUCUCUCUUCCUUUUCACUUUCUUUUUUACUUUCUUUUUUACUUUCUUUCUUUUUGAGUUUUUCUUUUUUAAUUUCUUUCUUUUUUUUUCUUUCAUUUGUAUUUUCUUUUUAUUUCCUUUCUUCUUUUUACUUUCUUUCUUUCUUUUCGCGUCACUUUUUCUCUACAUCCAUUGUUUCCUUCUACUUCUUUAUAUUAUUUUUCAUUUUCUUUCUCAUUCUAUAUUGA